CCACAAACCAAACUUCCACCCUAGUAGCAGAGUUGCUUCCUCCUCUCUUUCGCUUGAUUCUUGAGAAGAAAUGAAAAGACGAGAUAAAAUGCUUCUUACCUUCGAAGACUUCCGGUAAAAUUAAGCUAUUGGCAGUGGCAGCGGCAGCCGCAGUCUGUGUAUAGAAGGAAGAUUUACCAGGGACUUGGCGCAAAGUUCCAUUUAAGAAGCUUCUCCUAUCUUAAGAGCCUGGUCCUCUCAUGGGCCAUGCUACUUCUUUGACAUUUCAGAUAUGCCAGAGUGACAAAGGAGGAUGGCGUGGUGUUUUUUGGAUCGCUUAGCUACUGCCAGACCGCAAUGAAGAAGUGAACAAUAAAG